AACGACAGACCGAAAGAUUCGCAUCUUGAUUCCGUAGAGUCCUGACAUUUAGUUUAUUACAUAAACCAGCUUGUUGUUGAAGGAAAUGCAGGAGAAUAAACCUGCAGCACCGUCAGUAGCGGACACAGCGCGUGUGAAAAACAAAACAACUGACACACAGCUGAUCUGCGGCGCAACGACAGCCAGUGAGUCCAGAGAGCUGGGGGAUCGACCUGUCUGGAGACACUUCUCUUUGGCACUACGCAUGCAGGCGUGACUCUUCCCCUGUCACCACACCUCAUCACAAUGCCUUAUCGCCAAUGUGCCGUGGAAAUUAAAAACGAGUCUAGCCGCUACACUCUAGCCAACCCAAGGGUGUUCAUUGUGAGUGGCGUCUGUGAGAUCCCUCUGACACCAAUUGUGGGUCCCUCCUCCACUGGCAACGCAUUGUUCAACAAGACCACCGGCUGUGCAACUGGAGCCGUCGGCGUCUUCACCUACGACCUAAUCAUUGCCGAUCUGAAGGACUACAACCACUUCAUGGCUGCCAUGUACUCUGUGCCCUAUGACCGGAACAUCUUCUCCUCCUGGUUUGCUCCGGGCAUCUUUGGAAGAGAAGUUCAAUGCGACCGCGAUCUGUACGAUUUGAUGUAUUAUGGUGUUGAAAACAACUUUGUAAGGGCAAAAGCAGAUGGCUGGCAUUUCUUAUGAGCAUGAUAAAGCUAUUGUCAGUGCCUCCAAAGCAGUCUUGAGGGUGGAUAUCAGGGAUACUGGCAAAUACUGAGUUAAGAAAAGUUCUGAUUUGAUCAUGUAAACUACACUGUAAACCGACAGUAAGUUACAUAAAAUAUUCCAAGAACCUAAAUCAACUUUGGUGUUGAUGAAUCAAAACAAUUCAAGUAUGAGUGUACACUGAAUCCUAGUUAUUGGAUGUGUGAUUUUGAAAAGCUGAUCCAUCAGAUCCUGUUCUCUUUUGCUUUGGCAAUGUAUAGAUACAAUGAGCUAAUGCAGAUUUAAUUUGGCUGAUGACACCUCCUAAUACACACAGGUCUAGUUGAUGGGUUUCUUAUGGGUUUAAGUCUAUAAGAUUGGAAUUAUAUUAGUUUAUAAAUUCAGACAGUUUGUAAGUGAGGCAGUGUGAAUAAAAUAUGUGAACAAAGGAGAUCAGGGUAUUAUUAUAUUCCAUGAAGUUGCUCAGAAUAAUAGCAAAUAUAUAAUGUGCUGUGAAUGUAAUAGAAGACUCCACAAGGUGGUCCUACAAAAUCAACCACACUUUUCAGGACCCACAGUGGAGAUGAUCGUAACUGAUCCCCCUGCCCCCUGAUCAGACUGUCAAGAUCUCAAUAUAAUUCAGGUUUAAAGAUAUCAUAAGUAGUUCAGGCUCUCAUGCAAAGUGUGGGAACUAUGAGCGUUGAGUCUUCGAAAAGCAAUCAAAUCUGUUUUCACCACAUUAUUUGUUCUCUCUUUUUUUCCAAUAAGACAAAUCUUUUCUA